AUGGCCGCUACCAUUACAACAACAUAUACAACUACCAUAACAACCACAACAGCAACUCAGACCCAAACCGAGAAGAAAAGAAAGAUGCGAAAUUCCUCAAAAUCGAUACCAAUGCACCCAUCGCGGGUAUUCUACUUCUCGGACGGCGACACAAUAAUAAGCUGCCGCGACAGAUCCUACCGCGUACACUCUCACCUACUGUCGCAGUACAGUGCUGUAAUGCAGAAGGCACUCUCUAAAGGGCGAUUAUCGACUUUGUGGAAGUACCUUGGGACAGCAAAGAAAGGCUGUGAGCCGGGCCAGAAAUCAAAAUCGAAACCGGUGCAGGAUAUUCUGUAUCUGGUUUCACUUGAUGAUAGAGUCAAGACGGUAGAGCUACUGUUUUACUGUGUUUAUUCGUGCGGAAACCUCCCCCGUCUCACUCCUAGAAACCUCCCCACCUUCCUCCAUCUAAGCACAACCUACACCAUUCCCUCCCUGCUUGCGCAUUGCAAGUCAUAUCUACACACCCUCUCCCUUUUCCACCCUCUGCAGGCACUUACCACUCCAACAACCCCCGCAACCCGCUCCCUCCACUCCGAAGCCCUCACAACAAUCCUCCAUGACCUCCCCCGCUACCAGUCAAACCCCGAAUAUGAGCGCCUCCUCCCGCCCGCCGUCCGCCAUGCCUUCGCAAACUGCUGGAGCGCCUACGUGGAACGCGUAGAGGCGCUGCGAUCUGGUGAGAGCCUAUUUGGAACGUUAGCAUACCCACACUCCAGCCUGUGCGAGGACGCAGUUGGCUGCGAGGCGGACACGAGGCGCGGGCUAUUGAAGGGCUGGAAUGCGAUGUGGGAGAGGUGUAGGGAUGAGGUGCCAAGGCCGUCCGAGAUAUCGAGGUUUUUCAUGACCGCGGAACAGAAGGGACAAUGUGGGGCGCAGGUUACGGAUUUGCUGAAGAGCAUGCUGGAGGAUAUGGGUGGUGCGGACGCUGCGUGGGAUUUGAGGGUUGGAGAGGCAGUGUAUGGGAUGGGCGAGGAGGUAAAGGAGGAAGAUGAGGACGAGGAGAUGUCAUGA